AUGUCCUCAGAGAAGCUUAUCAGUGACUAUUUCUCCAGUUUUCUGGUUUCCAAAUGUUUGAGUUUCCAAGAGUUCCAAAAGCUUCUCGAGGAGAAAAGUGAACUCCAAGCAAAUGAAGAUGACCUACAAAAAUGGUAUUCUAUCUAUCAGAAGAGGGAUCAAGAAACUUUGAAAGAGCUAGAAGCCAAUAUUUCCCUGUUAAUGAAGAAAAUACGAGUAGCAGAGUUACAGGACUUGAAAAAUCAGCAAUUGAGUGAAUCUUAUUCGUUAGAAGAAAUCAAUGAUAGCUUAUACAGAGUAAGUGAACUUCUAGAGACUCGGAUUAAUGUUCUAAACACGAACAUUGAUUCCCAGGCUGAUAAGCUAACGGAGUUGAACGAGAUUCUUAAGGAUGUCAAUGCAAGAAAUACACAUGCGGCCAGUAUAAGAGCUACUAUUCAGAGACUGAAUGGUUUCAAGAAACAACUAAAAGAUGUAGACUAG